AUGCUCUUUGCCAUCGAGGAGAUUAAUAACAGCACAGACCUACUGCCUGGCAUCUCUCUGGGAUAUAAGAUCUAUGAUGCCUGUGCCUCCAUUGCUAGAGGUGUAAGGGUCACACUGGCCUUAGCUAAUGGUAACGAAGAUAUAUCUGCACCUUCUGAGGUACCAUGUACCAGACCUGUCCAAGUGCAGGCUAUUUUGGGAGUGACCUCUUCCUCUCCUUGCAUGGCUAUAUCUACUGUUAUCGGACCCUUUCAUAUCCCACUGAUCAGCCACUUUGCUACUUGUGCUUGUCUCAGUGAUAAAACCAAGUACCCAUCCUUCCUCAGAACAAUACCCAGUGACUACUACCAGAGCAGAGCCCUGGCCCAGUUAGUCAAGCACUUUGGUUGGACUUGGGUUGGAGCUAUUAGAACAAAUGAUGAUUAUGGCAAUAAUGGCAUGGCCACAUUUACAGAAGUUGCCCAGCAGCUUGGCAUCUGUCUUGAAUACUCUGUGCCAUUCUUUAGAACAGAUCCACCAGACAAAAUACAAAAGAUAAUUGACAUUAUUAAAGCUUCUACUUCAAAGGUGAUUGUCGCUUUCCUCGCCAAUAUGGACAUGGAUGUGCUAAUUCACCAAUUUUCGCAUAAUAAUUUGACUGGGUACCAGUGGGUAGGUAGUGAGGGCUGGAUUGUUGAUUCCCAAAUUGCAGCCAUGGAUAAGCAUCAUAUUCUGGAUGGUGCUAUAGGUCUGUCCAUCCCGAAAGCACAUGUCAGUGGCAUGAGAGAGUUCAUGAUGGAUGUGAAGCCACUUAAUACAUCUACUAAUGAACUGUUCACAGAGUUUUGGGAGGCAUUAUUUAGCUGUAAGUUCAAACAGUCAUCAGCAGGGAAUGAGAGAGAAUGUACUGGACAUGAAGAUGUGACUCAAGUGCAAAACAGCUUCACUGAUAUGUCGCUCAUGCCUAUAUUUUACAAUAUCUAUAAAGGAGUUUAUGCUGUGGCCCAUGCACUUCAUAGUAUUCUCAGCUGUAAUAGAACAUGUAAUAACAAUGUGCAGCUAGAUCCAUUUAAGAUUUUACAGCACAUAAAAAAGGUUAAUUUCAAAACAAAGGAAGGAGAUGAGGUUUACUUUAAUGAAAAUGGAGACCCAGCAGCAAAGUAUGAAAUUAUAAACUGGCAGCCAUCAGAAAAUGGCAUUGUGGAUUUUGUCACAGUUGGUCUUUAUGAUGCAUCUUUACCUGCAGACAAACAUAUGAAUCUCCAUAAUAAGUCAUUAUUUUGGGCACAGAAUUCACAACAGGUGCCUGUGUCAGUUUGCAGUGAGAAAUGUCCCCCAGGAACUCGCAAGGUUCUGCAGAAAGGAAAGCCUGUCUGCUGCUAUGACUGUUUAAGAUGUGCAGAGGGAGAAAUAAGCAACACUACAGAUUCUAUCACGUGUAUUAGAUGUGACCCUGAGUUCUGUUAUGCCAAUUUUGACGAAGGAUGGACCGAGGUCCGUUAUAAACGGAACCAGAGGCGGAACCGGGAUUGGGACCAGGGUGGCGGUGAUGGACCCAGGGAAGGAACCGCGAACCUCCAGUUUCGUUCAGGACACGGGUUCUUUUCCCUCCACCUAACCUAA